GUAUGACAAAAUCUUAACCAUUGAUCAUUUCUGUCUUUGUUUCACACAUAUACUAUUCUACGUCUGUUUCCGUACGUACGCGAUUUCUUCUUUACUUCUUCCUUAUCUUUUUAUAAGGAAGAGCUUAACACUUUUUGUCCCUUUCCCAUUUACAAAUUUUCUCUGCUUUUCUGGACUAAGAAUAGGAGAGAGAGAUUAUUGUAUCUUUCGCUUUUAAUUUUGCUGUCUCUCUCCUUAAUUUUCCAGGAAAACCUCGUCCUCCUGGUAGUUUAAAUAGAUCUGUGUUCAUACUCAUUCUAUCACAGAAAGACCCAUUAUUUUGUCGUCUCUUGUUCAGAUUUCAUUGUUCAUGUAAUCUUAUCUUCUCAAUUUUAGGUUUUCCAUUAAACUUGUAGAGGAACCCAAAAAGCCUUUUUUUAGUAUAGUUUUUGGGUUUAACUGAUCAAAGUAAUUAUUUUUUGUUUAUUUGGCCUUUGAGUUUUCCCAUCAAAAUUCCACUUGUUUUCCUUACAAAAAAAGGUUCAAUCUUUUUGACAUUUUUUUCUCUCUCUAUCUCUGUUAAGACAUGAAUUGUCUGUUCUUGUUCAAAUCAAAGAAAACCAAACCCAGGAAUCAUCAAAAAGACAGCAACAACAACAACAAAAAGACCAAAAGAAAAGGAAAGGGAUUACAAAACUCAGCUCCACAACUGACGAAUCGGAGUGAAACAUCGUCGUUUAAUAUCCAGACGCCUAGAUCUUUGCCUUCUCCGAGAAGUAUCAGAGAUUUGUAUACAGAGAGAGAACAGAAUCUUAGGGUCUUCACUUACCAAGAACUCAGUGAAGCCACUUAUGGGUUUAAUAGAAAGCUUAAGAUCGGUGAAGGUGGAUUCGGUAGUGUUUAUAAAGGAAAGAUUCCGACCACUGGAGAUUCUGAUUCUCCACUUGUCGUCGCCAUUAAGAAACUCAAUCGACAAGGAUUACAGGGUCACAAGCAAUGGCUAGCAGAGGUUCAGUUUCUAGGAGUAGUGAACCACCAAAACGUUGUGAAGCUCUUAGGCUAUUGCUCGGAAGACGGAGAGAAUGGGAUUGAGAGGCUUUUGGUUUAUGAGUACAUGUCGAAUCGAAGUUUAGAGGACCAUCUUUUCACCCGUGGAUCAUACACAUUACCUUGGAAACAAAGACUCGAGAUCAUGCUUGGUGCAGCUGAAGGAUUGGCUUAUUUACAUGAAGUUAAGGUGAUAUACAGAGACUUCAAAUCUUCUAAUGUGCUCUUGGAUGAUAAAUUUUGUCCGAAAUUAUCAGACUUUGGGCUUGCCCGAGAAGGACCUCAGGGAGACAAUACUCAUGUCACAACCGCAAGAGUUGGAACACAUGGCUAUGCAGCUCCUGAAUACGUGCAAACAGGCCAUCUUCGGCUAAAGAGCGAUGUGUAUAGCUUCGGUGUUGUGCUCUACGAGGUCAUAACCGGCCGCCGAACCAUUGAGAGGAACAAGCCAGCCGCUGAACAAAGGCUGUUGGAUUGGGUCAAAGAGUAUCCUGCUGAUAGUCAACGCUUCAGCAUGAUCGUUGACCCUCGGCUACGCAACAAUUAUCCAGCUGGUGGAGCUAGGAGUCUGGCUAAACUGGCUGACAUUUGUCUGAAAAAGAACGAUAAAGAUCGACCCUCGAUGGAAAUUGUAGUGGAAAGAUUGAAAAAGAUUAUCGAAGAAUACGAUAAUGGAGAUACUUCGAUGGCUGCGACUAGGGAAAGCAGUCAGGUAAGGAAGAGGCAACUUGGAGAACCUGUGAAGCGAAGUUUGAGAGGAGUUAAUGUUAGAGGGUGAUUCUGAGUUUAGAAGUUUUUUUUGCAGGUUUUAUAUAAAUAAGUCUUAUGGUUUAUGCGAUUUAUUGGUUUAUUGUGUGGGAUUAGUAGGAACAAAAUCAAAACGGGUAGCUUAUUGAGUGUUUAUAAAUAAAAUAUGAAACCUUUUGGUGAUUAACGACAAGAAAG